AUGGCAUAUCAAGCGCUCGUGCCUGUGUGUUUGUUUUGUUUUAUUACAUUAACUUUUGCGAAUAAUAGUUUAAAUGAUGUUUUAUUUAAUGGCGAUUAUGAAUUUAUUGAUUUAACAUAUCCGUUUGAUAAUAAAACUAUUUACUGGCCUGAUUCUAAGGAAUUUGAAUUCACAAAAAAAAUCGAGAACUUCCAGCAGGAUGGAUCAUGGUACGCUGCAAAUGAAUUUGCCGCUGGAGAGCAUGGUGGCACCCAUAUCGAUGCUCCUUUUCACUUUUCAGCAUCCGGUCAAUAUGUUGGACAAAUACCACUCGAUAAACUCAUAGUGCCACUGAUAAUAGCGGACAUAAGUUCAAAAGUCAACGAUGAUCCAAACUUCGUUCUUUACAAGCACCACUUGGACUACAUUUUAAAUGACAAUUUGGGCAAACCAUGUCUUAUUGUGUUUAAAUUUGGUUGGAGUAAAUUUGCCAUGGACAAGAAAAAGUAUUUGGGAUUAAGAAGUAGUGGAUUAAACUUUCCAGGCAUAAGUGCAGAAGUAGCGGAAUGGAUUACUACGUCUUAUAAGAAUAUUGUAGGGAUAGGCGUCGAUGUAGCUUCUGCUGAUCCCGGAUCUAACACAAAUUUUCCGGUGCAUAAAAUAAUAACUAGAGCAGGACUUUAUAUUAUAGAAAACGUGUACUUUGAGAAACAAAUACCCG